AUUCAAUGCAACUGAUUUUCUAGAACGGAGCCGGAACGGCAGGAUAGUUUUCGCCGGCGACUCCAUCGGGCGAAACCAAUGGGAGUCUCUAAUAUGCAUGCUUGCACAAGGAGUUUCAACCCAGUCCACUAUAUAUGAAGACAAUGGGAACCCCAUAAGUAAACACAAAGGCUAUCUCUCUAUCCGAUUCGCAGAGUACAACCUCACAGUUGAAUACUACAGGGUGCCUUUCCUGGUGGUUACCGGUCGGCCGCCACCAAAAGCAUCCAAGGAAGUUCGGACCACCCUCAGGGUUGACACACUGCACUGGUAUUCAAACAAAUGGGUUAAAGCAGAUGUGCUCAUGUUCAGUGCUGGACAUUGGUGGAACCAGGAUAAGACUGUAAAGAUGUAUGAGCUUACCUCCUCUGGGGUGCUUUUUCCAGGUGGGAGAAACUGUGAACAUGACAAUGGAUGUGAUGGAAGCAUUUCAGAGGUCAUUACAGACUUGGAAGUCAUGGGUAAUUCAGAGUUUAGAUCCACAGAGAAGUCAUAUCUUCUUCCGCAGCUACUCACCGGUGCAUUACAGGCAGCUUCUCUUUCCCUAGAACUCUCCAUGGCGAGCAGAGAAAAAAACAUUAGUGGUGCUCUGAGAAUUGCAGAAGAUUAUAAUGAAUGUACUAACUCAUCCUAUUCCAUCUGGAAUGGCAGGGACGGAACAUGGAAUGAAGGUGGUCACUGUGACGCUAAUGUGGCGCCAGAAACGAACAACACAAAACUGGAACCUGAUCCAGUCAACAAUCUGUUUAUUUCUGAUGUAAUCAAACAGAUGGAAAGUGCAAAAAGAAAGAUUCAGUUCUUAAACAUUACAUAUCUUGCAGAAUUUAGGAAAGAUGGUCACCCUUCAAGCCACCGAGAGGUGGGCACUCCAAUCCCAGCCCCACAAGACUGCAGCCAUUGGUGCCUACCUGGAGUCCCAGACACAUGGAAUGAACUUCUUUAUGCCCAACUACUGUCAAAUGGAUUCAGAACAAAAAUUGAGGGUACCUAGCAAUAAAAACUCUUCUCCGAAACAAAGGGCUGGAGUUUUCAGCAAUGCUUUUACACAGACUAUUCCUCAGCAUUUUGGUUGGAGUUCACCCUACUGGUUUCCAAUUUCCUCAACCUCCUCCAGCUACCUCAAGAGAUAUAACCUUUCUGGUCCAUAGGGUAUCUGCAACAAACACCACCUCAGUACUGCUGGUUGAGCUUUUGAAAGAACUGACACAAGAAAACUCCAGGUCAGGAAAUACACAUUGGAGCUGGUACAUAUCUCUCUCCAUUACAACCACAUUGCUACAUGCCCACAGCAGUUACCUGUACAUGGGGUAUUUAUUUAUUUUUCAUUUUUUGAUCCAAUGUUGUAUAAAUUUUGCAAUAGUUAAAGGGUUCUUACUUUUUACUAGGACUAACCCAAAGUGACACCACCCGAUAAUGACCACGUCAAGACUCCAUUGGCACCCCUACCUUGCAAGGCGUAUGGUAG